UCGCAGUUCAUCGAAUGUUUAUAAAAAGAAUACUUAAUAAUUCCUUCAGAAAUCUUUCAAAUUUAAUUAAAAUGAGUAUUGACGCACGAUUAGAUGCUGUUCCUUUGGUAGAGAUUGAUUCUGGAAUCUUUAAGUAUGUCUUAAUUAAAGUGUAUGGAAAGGAAGAUUCCGAUGGUAAAGAAUCACAAAAAUCUAUAGUUCGGGGAUUUUUGCGAGCUGAAUGGCAUGCUGACAUUUAUGAGGAAGUUAGUACAUCUAUUCGCGCAUUGGGAUUAGAUUGUGAAUGCCUUGGAGGUGGUCGUAUUGAACAUAAAAAGAAUGAAAAGAGAAUUAAAGUCUAUGGAUAUUCUCAGGGAUAUGGCAAGGCUGAUCACGAGGAGGCUAAGAAAAUCUUGCUGACAAAGUAUCGCAAUUACGAAAUUGAAUGUUCUGAUGAAGGCUAUUAAAUGUGUUAAAAUUUAAAACUGAUA